AUUAAUUAAUUUGGACAAAGUUUUAUUAAAUCUUGUUGCAUUUGCUUUUUUCUAUAUUCUUCAUGUGCCUUCAUUAGUGUUCAUUAUUAUGGCAAUCUGUUCUUUUAUUAAGAGAAUUGCAAUUUAUAGAAUUGGAAUUUUUGUGUUUUGCAUAUGUUACAGUAGGAUGUCACUUAUGCAAACACUUUGGGACUAGCUCUAUUCAUAACUCUGAAUAAUCCAGAUAAUUGCAUGACAUCUACUCACUACAGCUACACAACCAAAUUGUUUAACGGGGGGGACUCGUGAGAGGGGAAUGUCUGCAGUUUGUUCUUGGUUUUCAUUAUGUCCCACAUGGUAGAGCUUGCAAUUCCAAAGUUUUGACCAAUGCAGACAUAGCUGCAGCCACCUGAGGCUUUCUUACAAAUUUCUAUCUUCUCUUCUAUGGACAGAACGACUCUAGUUUGCUUCUAAUUUGCAGUUGCAACAUUUUCAGAAUCACAGAUGAGGACGGCCCAUACUCUCAGAUUACUGUCUUGUGUGCAAAGCUAAGUGUUACACGAUAUGGGAAUGUAUCUAUACGAUUUGGGCGAAUAUGAAAGAGCAACAGAACAUCUAAGAGAGUCACUCAACAUUCAUCGUAGAUUGUCUUCUGUGAACAAAGUCUACAUGGCAUCAACAUGUACAUAUUUAUCACGUUGCCUUCUCUCUCAAUGUCUAAUAAAAGAAGCAGAAGAUGUGAUGAGAGAAGGUUAUGCUUUAGUAAUUAGCACGGAUGACAAUGUUGUGAAAGCAGAAGCUGCUACUCUAUUGGCUUAUGCAAUUCAACUAAAUGAAGGAACAGAAAAGGAAGUGAAAAAAUUAUUACAAAAGGCUGAUAAAUGGAUUCAAAUGAUGGAAGAAGGACGAGGCAAGGCAGAAUCGUUGAGUGAAAUGGGAGAAGUAUUGGUGAUAAGGGGUGACUACAAGCGUGCCAAUAAGAUACUGCGGGAAGCAGCAACAAUGCAAAGACACUUUUUACCAACCAACCAUUGGGAGACUGCUUUGACUCUUUGUCGUAUGGCAGAGUGUCAAGUGAAACUAGACAAACAAAUGGAUGCGUUGCCAUUGUUCUACGAGUCAUCAGAAAUGAUCAAAGAAUCAAUAGGUGUGGAGCACCCAGUAAGAGGAAGAAGUCUAUUUGGUGUUGGUCAAGUUCUGCUAGGUCAACAGAAGUGGCAAGAAGCAGAAAGCAACCUUAAGGAAAGUGUCAAUAUUUUGUGUUUGACUGCAGGUUUACAUGCCACAACAAGUGCAGCAGUUGGAGAUCUGAACUAUUGCUUACGAAUGCUAAAGAAAGAUCAAGAAGCAGUUGACAUUUUGCAACAACAUCAACGAGCUGUUUCUUAUCAAGUCGAGCAUCAAGCAGGUGCAUUUCAAGUUGAUGAUUUACAAAGAGAGUUGGAGCAGCUCAGAGAAAGCAAUCGAGCCAUUCAAGCAGAGAAAUCUGCUUUACAGCAGCAAUUGGCUGAUCAGGAGGCUGUAACUCGUGCCGUCACUGAUGACAACGAACGUCAAGCUGGAGAAGUAAGGAGAUUGCUGCAACUCAUGCAGGAACUUGAUGAAGACAACAAACAAUUACAGAACCAAAUCAGCACACUGACAAAUCUGUUGGAUAACAAGGAGAGACGGCUACAACAACAGGAAGGAGAAAUUGAUGUUUUGAGGCAUGAGGUGCAAGAAAAGCACACGACUAAUGAACGUCUGAUGAGAGACUUGCAACGACGUGAAAGAGCAGUGCAGGAGCUGCAACAACUUCAACAUCAAUAUAACAGCGUAAUACAGAUCCAUGAUGACAGUUUACACAUGACUGGAUUAAAGUUGGGAACAGGAGCUUAUGGAGAGGUUGGUGUUGGCAUGUGGAGUGGUGUAGGUGUUGCUGUCAAGACAUUUCAUGAAGAACCGGUUAGAGUAGAUGAACUCAACAUUUCAUUCAUUCGACGUGAAGUGUCGGUGUCCAGUCGUGUCCAUCACCCCAAUGUCGUAUCCAUCUGUGGAGCUAUCAUUGAGAAUGAAGUUCCUCUUCGUAUUGUCAUGGAGCUUUUGGAAGGAUCACUGAAAGAUGUGAUCAAAGCUGCUUUGAAAAGCAGAUAUCUGUCCAUGAGAGAACAAGUGGAUAUAGCUGUCGGAUGUCUGUGUGGUGUGAUGUAUCUUCAUCAGCUGCAGCCUGCUCUUCUUCAUGGAGACAUUCGCUCUACCAACAUUCUCAUCAGCAAGACCAUGCAAGCCAAAAUCGGUGAUCUGGGAUCUUGUCGCUUUUCUAACGAGUCACUUUCUGUUGGUCCUCUCAGUCCAGAAUACAUUGCACCAGAACGAGCUGUUGAAGGUCGUGCAGUGACCUCACGCAACACAAAACAAGCCGACAUGUACAGCUUGGGAGUCACGUUUGUUGAGUUAUUCACAGGAGUAGGUGCAGAGAUGAAACUGCGUGAGAGUCAGUUUCAAGCUGUUCCUCAUGUUUUACUGCAGGACAUUUGCUAUGCUAUGGCAGAAGAGAAUCCAUGUGAUCGCAUUUCUGCAGCAGCCGCUCUCAUGCAAGUGAAUGCAGUGAAGCAGAAUGAUGAGUACACUUCAUGUCCUCCCAAAAGGAUGGUGAAAGGCAAGAAACGCAGAGAAGACAAAGUGACACUCGUAGAGAUGCCAUGGAUGUGACUUAGGAGCAGAUAAUUGUGAUGUAUUUGUUUGUCUGUUUGUCUCAAUUUAUUCAACUUUGCUGCUGGUUAUAAAAAUGCAAUAGAUGAUGUUGCAUGUGUGUAGUCUGCUCUGCAAUGUGAGUUGACAGUGAACUUUUUGAUAGUCUAGCAGUCAGUCUCACAGUUUGUACAGUUUGUGUUGAUGUGAACUACAGUAAAACGUUUGACUCUAAA